AUUACACACCAGCAAGGUUUCAGGAGGUGUGUUGUUGCUCCUGCAGGCUUCUCUGCACAGACCGUACACAUUCAUGCUGCUACAAUUCUAACCAGCAUGCUGUAACGAUUUGAUGCUUGCCCGGAUGGACCCUAACUCAGAGCUGCUUUGACAAAAAAAAACCUUGCUUCUCGAGAUGAUAACUCCAAUAGGCAGCCUGGUCCAUGGUUAAAUCAAACCCUCACAGCCUGCUUUAAACCUGCCUGUGGAUUUUGUAUUAAAACAUUAGUUUUUUUUUUUCUAAAGACUAAGCCUUGUGUUACCCACCCCCCUAGAUCCCCUUUGGAAGGGAAUAAGUGUGAUCUGCCGUGGAUUUAUUUGGGACUUUGUUGAUCAGUUUUAUGAUUUUUACUUUGCACCUUAAUCCAGUGUUGGUUAGAUGGAAUUGCAAAGGACAUCUAGCAUUCCAGGGUCUUUGUCAUCUGGUUACACAGCCCAGGUCCCUUACAAUUACAACCAGCUAGAGGGGAGGUUUAAGCAGUUGCAAGACGAGCGUGAGGCUGUGCAGAAGAAGACCUUUACAAAAUGGGUGAAUUCACAUUUGGCCCGUGUGUCCUGCAGAAUUACCGAUCUCUACAUGGACCUUCGAGAUGGACGAAUGCUUAUCAAACUACUGGAAGUACUUUCAGGGGAAAGACUUCCCAAACCCACCAAGGGAAGAAUGCGUAUACAUUGUUUAGAGAAUGUGGACAAAGCCCUGCAGUUCCUGAAAGAGCAGAGGGUUCAUCUGGAGAACAUGGGGUCUCAUGAUAUUGUUGAUGGAAACCACAGAUUGACCCUGGGUCUUAUCUGGACGAUCAUCCUCCGCUUCCAGAUCCAAGAUAUUAGUGUUGAAACGGAGGACAACAAAGAGAAGAAGUCUGCAAAGGAUGCCCUCCUUUUAUGGUGCCAGAUGAAGACAGCUGGUUAUCCCAAUGUGAAUAUCCACAACUUUACCACAAGUUGGAGGGACGGUAUGGCGUUCAAUGCACUCAUCCAUAAACACAGGCCGGACUUAAUUGAUUUUGAUAAAUUAAAGAAAUCUAAUGCACACUACAACCUGCAGAAUGCCUUCAACCUUGCAGAGCAGCAUCUCGGCCUUACUAAGCUUCUUGACCCUGAAGAUAUUAGCGUGGACCAUCCUGAUGAGAAGUCCAUCAUUACAUACGUUGUAACAUACUACCAUUACUUCUCUAAGAUGAAAGCACUGGCUGUUGAGGGCAAACGUAUAGGAAAAGUACUGGACAAUGCUAUUGAAACUGAGAAAAUGAUUGAGAAAUAUGAAUCAUUGGCUUCUGACCUCCUGGAGUGGAUUGAACAAACUAUAAUCAUCUUAAAUAACCGGAAAUUUGCCAACUCGUUGGUGGGUGUUCAACAGCAACUCCAGGCGUUCAACACGUACCGAACAGUGGAAAAGCCACCAAAGUUUACAGAGAAAGGGAAUUUGGAGGUUCUUCUUUUCACCAUUCAGAGUAAAAUGAGGGCCAAUAAUCAGAAAGUGUACAUGCCGAGGGAAGGCAAACUCAUCUCCGACAUUAACAAGGCCUGGGAAAGACUGGAAAAAGCUGAACACGAGAGAGAACUGGCGCUCCGAAACGAGCUAAUCCGACAGGAGAAACUGGAGCAACUUGCUCGCAGGUUUGAUCGCAAGGCAGCUAUGAGGGAAACCUGGCUCAGUGAAAACCAACGACUGGUCUCCCAGGAUAACUUUGGUUUUGACCUGCCAGCUGUUGAGGCAGCAACGAAGAAGCAUGAAGCUAUUGAAACAGACAUUGCGGCAUAUGAAGAACGUGUACAAGCUGUGGUAGCUGUGGCAAGAGAACUGGAAGCUGAAAAUUACCACGACAUCAAGCGCAUCACGGCUCGCAAAGAUAAUGUCAUCCGGCUGUGGGAGUAUCUCCUUGAGCUGCUUCGAGCUCGGCGACAGCGCCUUGAGAUGAACCUUGGAUUGCAGAAGGUCUUCCAGGAAAUGCUGUACAUUAUGGACUGGAUGGAUGAAAUGAAGGUGCUUUUGUUGUCUCAAGAUUAUGGGAAGCAUUUGUUGGGGGUUGAGGACUUGUUGCAGAAACACACCUUGGUAGAAGCAGACAUCUCCAUUCAAGCGGAGAGAGUAAGAGCAGUCAACGCCUCUGCCCAGAGAUUCGCAGCAGGUGGAGAAGGUUAUACGCCAUGUGACCCUCAGGUUAUUCGGGAUCGGGUGGCCCAUAUGGAAUUUUGCUACCAAGAGUUAUGCCAGCUUGCUUCAGAAAGAAGGUCACGUCUGGAAGAGUCUAGGCGUUUAUGGAAGUUUUUCUGGGAGAUGGCAGAAGAGGAAGGAUGGAUUAGGGAGAAGGAACAGAUAUUGUCUUCAGAUGACUACGGAAAGGAUUUGACAAGUGUUGUCCGCCUGCUAAGCAAGCAUAAAGCAUUUGAGGAUGAAAUGAGUGGACGCAGUGGUCAUCUCCUGCAAACCAUAAAGGAAGGAGAGGAGAUGAUUGCAGAAGAUCAUUUCGGCUCUGAGAAAAUACGUGAAAGAAUUGAUGAUAUUCAGCAACAGUGGGCUCACCUUGCACAGUUGUCUUCUAUAAGGAAGAAACGUCUGGAAGAAACAUCCAGUUUCCAUCAGUUCCAGGCAGAUGCUGAUGACAUUGAUGCUUGGAUGUUAGAUGUUUUGAGAAUUGUGUCCAGCAAUGAUGUUGGCCAUGAUGAAUAUUCCACUCAAUCCUUAGUAAAAAAGCACAAGGAUGUUGCCGAAGAAAUUGCAAAUUACAGGUCAACUAUCGAUGCCCUUCACGAGCAGGCUGCUGCUCUUCCGGAGGACCAAAUUGAUUCUUCGGAAGUACAGGGUAGGUUGUCAGGAAUUGAGGAACGUUACAAAGAGUUGGCGGAACUGUCGCGGCUUCGGAAACAGGCCCUUCAAGAUGCCCUCACGUUGUACAAGAUGUUCAGUGAGGCAGAUGCAUGUGAACUAUGGAUUGAUGAGAAGGAGCAGUGGCUAAACAAUAUGCAAAUCCCAGAGAAACUGGAAGACUUGGAGGUCAUCCAACACAGAUUUGAAAGUUUGGAGCCAGAAAUGAACAAUCAAGCUUCACGCGUGGCUGUUGUAAACCAAAUUGCUCGUCAGCUGAUUCACAGCGGACAUCCAAGUGAACGCGAAAUCAAAGCACAGCAAGACAAGCUGAACACCAGGUGGAGUCAAUUUAGAGAACUGGUUGACAGAACAAAAGAUUCACUAAGCUCAGCCCUCAGUAUUCAGAAUUAUCAUCUUGAGUGCAAUGAGACAAAGUCUUGGAUUCGAGAAAAGACCAAAGUGAUUGAAUCCACGCAGGAACUGGGCAAUGACCUUGCAGGAGUCAUGGCUCUCCAGAGGAAGUUAACUGGUAUGGAACGAGACCUGGCUGCCAUAGAGGCUAAAUUAACUGAUUUACAGAAAGAGGCAGAAAAAUUGGAAGCAGAACACCCUGACCAGGCUCAGGCCAUCAUGGAUAGACUUGCUGAAAUCAACGAUGUUUGGGAAGAGAUGAAAACCACUCUUAAGAACCGAGAAGAGUCUUUGGGAGAAGCCAGCAAGCUGCAGCAGUUCCUUCGAGACUUGGAUGAUUUCCAGUCCUGGCUAUCUAGAACUCAGACUGUUAUUGCCUCAGAAGAUAUGCCAAACACAUUAGCUGAGGCCGAAAAGCUGCUUACUCAACACGAAGGCAUUAAAAAUGAAAUUAACAACUAUGAAGAGGAUUACCAGAAAAUGCGGGACAUGGGUGAGAUGGUGACACAGGGACAAACAGAUGCACAAUAUAUGUUCUUGCGUCAGCGUCUCCAGGCUCUUGACACCGGAUGGAACGAGCUUCACAAAAUGUGGGAGAACCGGCAAAACCUCCUGUCACAGUCCCAUGCUUAUCAGCUCUUCCUUAGAGAUACCAAGCAAGCAGAAGCUUUUCUCAAUAACCAGGAAUAUGUCUUGGCACACACCGAAAUGCCCAACACUUUGGAAGCUGCAGAAGCAGCCAUCAAGAAGCAGGAAGAUUUCAUGACGACAAUGGAUGCCAGCGAGGAGAAGAUCAAUGCGGUGAUUGAAACCGGAAGGCGAUUGGUCAAUGAUGAAAACAUCAACUCUGAUAAGAUUCAAGAAAAAGUUGAUUCAAUUGAUGAUAGACAUAAGAGAAACCGAGAAGCAGCAAAUGACCUCUUGACACGUCUAAAGGACAACCGUGAAAUGCAGAAGUUUCUUCAGGAUUGUCAAGAGCUGUCCCUGUGGAUCAAUGAGAAGAUGCUUACAGCCCGAGACAUGUCCUACGAUGAAGCCAGGAAUCUACACAGUAAAUGGCUGAAACACCAAGCUUUCAUGGCAGAACUUGCUUCCAACAAGGAAUGGCUUGACAAAAUAGAAAAGGAAGGAAGCCAGCUCAUUGCCGAGAAACCUGAAACCGAGGCUAUAGUGAAGGAGAAGAUGACUGCAUUGCACAAGAUGUGGGAAGAACUGGAGUCUACCACCCAGACGAAAGCCCAGAGACUGUUUGAUGCCAAUAAAGCUGAACUUUUCACCCAGAGCUGUGCAGAUUUGGAUAAGUGGCUCCAUGGAUUGGAGAGCCAGAUUCAGUCUGAUGACUAUGGAAAGGAUCUCACCAGUGUAAACAUUCUUCUGAAGAAGCAACAGAUUCUGGAAAACCAGAUGGAUGUACGCAAGAAGGAAGUAGAAGAACUGCAGAGCCAGUCUCAGGUGCUAAGUCAGGAAGGACAGAGCACUGACGAAGUGGACAGCCAGCGUAUUGUGGUAGAGAAGAGGUUUGUGGAAUUGCUUGCACCUCUGAAUGAAAGGAAAAAGUACCUGUUGGCCUCCAAAGAGAUUCAUCAAUUCAACCGGGAUGUGGAGGAUGAGAUUCUCUGGGUUGAAGAGAGAAUGCCUAUUGCCACGUCGACUGAUCAUGGACACAACCUCCAAACUGUGCAGCUAUUGAUAAAGAAAAACCAGACUCUUCAGAAGGAAAUCCAGGGCCACCAGCACCGCAAUGAUGACAUCUUUGAGAGAAGCCAGAAGAUUCUGGAAGAUGGCAGCCUUAACGCAGAAGCCAUCAAUCAGAGACUGGCAGAUCUCCAGGCGUUGUGGAACCUUCUAAUUGAAGAGACAGAGAAGAGGCAUAAGCGAUUAGAGGAGGCUCAUCGCGCGCAGCAAUAUUACUUUGACGCUGCCGAGGCGGAAGCCUGGAUGAGUGAGCAAGAGCUGUACAUGAUGUCAGAGGAGAAGGCAAAGGAUGAACAGAGCGCAGUGUCUAUGUUGAAAAAGCACCAGAUUCUAGAGCAGGCGGUGGAGGACUACGCAGAGACAGUGCACCAGCUCUCCAAGACCAGCAGGGCAUUGGUGGCAGAAGGGCAUCCAGAAAGUGAGCGUAUCAGCAUGCGUCAGUCCAAAGUUGACAAAUUAUACGCUGGCCUUAAAGACCUGUCUGAAGAGCGCAGGGGAAAACUGGAUGAACGCCAUCGGCUAUUCCAGCUGAACCGCGAGGUUGACGAUUUAGAACAAUGGAUUGCCGAAAGAGAAGUAGUUGCAGGUUCACACGAGCUCGGCCAGGAUUAUGAACAUGUUACGAUGUUACAAGAAAGGUUCCGAGAGUUUGCACGCGACACUGGCCACAUCGGACAGGAACGAGUGGAUACAGUGAACCACAUGGCGGAUGACCUCAUCAAUUCCGGACAUUCUGACGCAGCUACCAUUGCGGAAUGGAAGGAUGGUCUCAAUGAGGCUUGGGCCGACCUCCUGGAAUUGAUUGAUACAAGAACACAGAUUCUAGCAGCUUCUUAUGAACUGCACAAAUUCUACCACGAUGCAAAGGAGAUCUUUGGCCGCAUUCAGGAUAAACACAAGAAGCUUCCGGAAGAAUUGGGCAGAGAUCAGAACACAGUUGAAACACUACAAAGAAUGCAUACCACAUUUGAGCAUGACAUUCAGGCACUUGGUACCCAGGUUCGGCAGCUUCAGGAAGAUGCAGCCCGGUUGCAGGCAGCGUACGCUGGUGAUAAAGCAGAUGAUAUACAGAAGAGAGAGGGGGAGGUUCUGGAGGCCUGGAAAGCAUUGCUUGAUGCCUGUGAGGGCCGAAGGAUCAGACUGGUGGACACAGGUGACAAAUUCCGGUUUUUCAGCAUGGUGCGAGAUCUCAUGCUUUGGAUGGAAGAAGUUAUCCGACAUAUCGAAGCCCAGGAGAAACCAAGGGAUGUGUCAUCUGUAGAAUUAUUAAUGAAUAACCACCAGGGAGUUAAAGCAGAGAUUGAUGCCCGUAAUGACAGCUUUACUGCAUGUAUUGAGCUCGGAAAAUCUCUCUUGGCAAGACAACACUACUCCUCCGAAGAGAUAAAAGAGAAAUUACUGCAGUUAACGGAGAAGAGAAAAGAAAUGAUUGACAAGUGGGAGGACAGAUGGGAAUGGCUGAGACUGAUUUUGGAGGUGCACCAGUUUUCCAGAGAUGCAAGUGUUGCCGAAGCCUGGCUUUUUGGACAGGAGCCAUACCUGUCAAGUCGUGAAAUUGGCCAGAGCGUAGACGAAGUGGAAAAACUCAUCAAAAGGCACGAGGCGUUUGAGAAAUCUGCAGCUACUUGGGACGAGAGGUUCUCUGCUUUGGAAAGACUCACUACGUUGGAAUUGUUGGAAGUACGUCGACUGCAAGAAGAGGAAGAAAGGAAAAGGCAGCCUCCUUCCCCUGAGCUAAGCCCGAAGGUGUCAGAAGAAGGAGAGUCUCCACAACAAUGGGAUGGGACAAAAGAAGGAGAGCAAAUUUCUCAAAACGGAUUGCCAUCUGACCAGGAGUCGCCACGGAUGAUGGAAAAUGCUGAAACCAAUGAAAUGGUUAAUGGGUCCACGGAGCAGAGGUCAAGUUCCAAGGAAUCAAGCCCGAUACCUUCACCAACUGCUGAUCGCAAAUCAAAAGCUGGCAUGCAGCCGCAGACUGCGGCCACACUCCCGGCCAAGACGCAGGAUAUUCCUUCUGCCCAGUUGGAAGGUUUCCUGCAUCGUAAGCAUGAAUGGGAAGCACACAAUAAGAAAGCGUCAAGCAGGUCCUGGCAUAAUGUGUACUGUGUGAUAAGCAACCAAGAAAUUGGAUUUUACAAAGAUUCCAAAAAUGCCCAAUCCGGCAUUACGUAUCACAACGAGGUCCCGGUGGUGUUAAAGGAAGCAGUCUGUGAAGUGGCAACGGACUACAAAAAGAAAAAGCAUGUGUUCAAAUUAAAGUUAAAUAAUGGUAAUGAGUACCUCUUCCAAGCCAAAGAUGAUGAGGAGAUGAACACAUGGAUUCAGGCCAUUACAAAUGCAAUCUCUUUGGACAAAACUGAGGUGUCUCUGAGCACUCAAAGCACUCCGGCAUCCAGCCGUGCCCAAACUCUGCCCGCCAGUGUAACGGUGACCACCGAAUCCAGCCCUGGCAAGCGCGAGAAGGACAAGGAAAAAGACAAAGAAAAGCGAUUUAGCCUGUUCGGGAAGAAGAAGUGAACGACAUCUUUAAAUUAAAUAAAACACUGCACUUCUAUUACAUUGUCAGCAUGCAAGCUCAGAUCCAAUACAUUACUUUGUGCCUAAUGUUCCCAACGUGAAUAAAAAAACCUUUUAUUUAUAGAGUGGAAGAAUGCUGGGUCAAAAGGUUUGAGGAGCAUUGGGCAUUUUCUUCAUGGGUGUGAGGACCAGGCUAUGUUGGGUUUUCGUUGUUUUUUGUUUUUUUUCUUUUCUUAAAAAAAAAAUUAUUGUAGAAUAAACCUGAAUAUUUAAACAUUUCCUCAAUUUUGUGAGGCUGUCUUGGAAACAACCCACAUUUAGAAACACAGGCAUGCAAGGCAGCGGUGCUGUGACAGAAUGACCGUUCACAUCAAAGACAGAUGUAAAAAGUUUCAAACACAUCUUCACUACCAUUCACUAAAAGUUGGUUAUGCUGAGCCUUGAGUUUACAAAUCAUUCUUAAAAUGAUGUCGUACACCAAUCUCCGACCCUGUAAAAGAGUGCAGACACAUUAUAUUGCUGAUAGACAAAUUGUCCCCGGCACUUAUUUACACCCACCCACCUAGCUUUCAAAGGCAUCACAUGUGAAGACUCCAAAAUGUUGGCGUUUGAGAAAGAUUAGAAGUUUUAAAUCUGUAAUUUUAAAAGGUUUUUUUUUUUGUUGUUUUUUUUGCUGAAAUACACUAUAUUGUACGUUUCUGAAUUAAUUCUAGUACAAACUAUAACAAGACUAGAUGUAUAAACAAACAAAACUUUAAAUUCAUUGAUGUUAAAUGUACAAGUGGAGAUGAAGCAUUUACUGGAACAAAAGUAAUGUUACUCAAUUGAUUACUUGCUUGUCAGCUGCAGCACUAUGUGUUAUAAUUUUUUGCUACAUUUCUUUGCUAUUUGAUACAUAGUGUGCAUUUCUCUGUCACUGUAACUAUUGUAAUGAAAAUUUACAUUUUACUGCACAAUCAAAGCAACAUUUAUUAGGAAUGAUGAUAUCCUCUCGAAAAACUGGGCCUGUAGUCAGAAUUCUGCCCUGGCUUUCAGUUAAACGGAUCUGUACCUCUAGACCUUUACCUUAUCUGUUAAAUAUAUGCUACGUCAUUAAAUGCUUUUAAAAAUGA